CCAUGUGCAAUAUAUUGUACGAUUAGUUUUGUUAUUGUAUACAAAUAUAAAUUUGAAAAAAACCAAACGGCUUUAAAAUCAUCAUAGGCGUAGGUUUUGAGUGUUUUUCAUAAAAUAAUUUUCCUAUUAUUGCAUUUUUUUUUUUUUUUAAUACUACAAUGAAUUCCACUCGUGAAAUUAUAACGUUGCAGUUUGGUCAUUAUUCUAAUUUUAUUGGUUCACAUUUCUGGAAUUUACAGGAAGCAAGUUUCAACUAUGAUGAAAACUGUGAGCCACAGGAAAUAUGUAAUGAUGUUUUGUAUCGGGAAGGUGUUAAUAUGAAGGGUGAGGUAACCUAUACACCACGUAUGUUGUGUGUUGAUCUUAAGAAUAGUUAUUACCAAUUGCCAGAUGUACAUGGAGGUUUAUAUGAUCUAGAAAGCAGUGAUUUAGAUGAAGAAUUACUUGAUUCAUCUACAAAAAUUCAAACAAUUCGAGAAGAACUAGUUCCACAUAAUGAAUAUUUUGCAGAUCUAGCAAAACAAGAACAAUUUAUUGAUAAUGGUGUUGAGGAGAAAUUAAAUGUAACUGAAAAAGUUUACAAUUUGGAUAAUGAUGUUAAAAUUUGGUCAGAUUUUUUGAAAGCUCGUUUUCAUCCAAGAACUAUCACAUCGAUUGAUGAGUACAAACACAAUGAUACAAGCAAUUUAUUCAAUAAUUUUGCCCAAGGAAUGGCACUUUGGGAUUCAUAUAAAAUGAAAGAAAUUUGGACUGAUAAUUUACGCUUAUAUGCAGAAGAGUGUGAUUAUUUACAGGGAUUCCAUAUUUCUAUGGAUUCGUUGAAUGGUUUUGGAGGCUUAGCUUGUAAAUCUCUUGAAUACUUAAAAGAUGAAUAUUCAAACAAAAAUAUUAUCGCUAUGCCAGUAAUGUCAAAUAACUAUAUUAUUGGUGAUGAAAAUUCCGAAUUGUAUGCCGUAAAUACAUCACUGUUAUUUUCUUCACUAUUUGAGCAUUCAAACAUGUUUGUGCCACUGUCUACAUCCGACGGUGGAUGGGUAAAAAGCCAAAAGCAUCUUAGUUUGGAUUAUUUAUGUUAUAAAAACGAAUUAGAUUAUCACUCUAGUGCUAUUUUAGCGUCAGCUAUCGACACUUUUACAUUGGGUUAUAGGAGCCGUUCGGACUGUGGUAGUAUGAAAACCGAGUGCACCAGACUGACUCCUUUGGGCCGAAAGGCUGUAUCGGCUUCAAUUCAACUACCUCUUGGGUUUGAAUCAAAAUCAAAUUUACUCGAUUUCUUACAAGAAUCAAAGUUGCCACUGUGGCAACCUAUUUCGCCUCGAUGCAUUACCGAAAUGUCUGUGGCCCAAACGGUAGUUUUGAGAGGCAUCAAUGAAAAAAUGCUGUAUUCCAACAAUUUUAUCAGGGACUCAAAAAAUCCGUCACAUCAUUGUACGUCAGUUAGUGCAAUGUUGAAAUUAUACUUGUCAUUUUGUGAUAAUGUGCGAAUGACAGAAGUUUAUGCAUUUGAUUCGUCGCUGGAAACCAUAGCACCAUUUCCUAAUAUAUUUUCUCAGUACGUCAACCAACACGGAUUCUUAGAAUCAACUUAUAGAUCGGCUACUUCUGUGGUCGCAAAAUGUACUGCUAUCAGCGGUUUACACAACAGUAAUUCAACAAGAGACAUGUUGAUAGAGUUACAGACCGAUUCUAGCAAAGUUAAAUGUUCGAAAUUAAGUCACGUAUUUAAUUACGAGAUUGACUUAAUGGAUUAUAAAGAAACUCUUGAAAAUCUGCUUGUGUUAAGUGAUAAUUAUUCAACAAACGAUUGUUUAUAGUUCGUUUUUAUUUUACAA